GGCAGAAUGAGCCGCAGAAUGAAAUAUGUGAGCACGAAUAUGUUUCUGUAGCCCCCGAUAAAUGUAGGUUUAUUUGUUUUUAUCGUCUUUUUAUAUUGGUGUUUUUACGUUUGAAUAAAGGGGAGGAUGAGUGCCGAGGCAGCUGAUCGUGUGGCUGCGGUGAACAGUCGGCCCAGUACGCCUCUCCAAACGUCGUGGUUUGAGUUUCUGUUGGAUGGGACUUUACUGGAGAAACAUCUUCAGAAGCAAAACCCAGAUCCUCCUCCAGUUCAGCUGAUCGUGCAGUUUUUGGAGCAGGCCUCGAAGCCGUCAGUGAAUGAACAGAACCAGGUCCAGCCUCCAGUGGACAACAGGAGAAACCGCACCCUCAAACUGCUCGCUCUGAAGGUGGCAGCGUAUAUGAAGUGGGACCUGGAUGUUCUUGAGAAAGGAUUGACCAUUCCUGUGCUGAACAUGCUGCUGAAUGAGCUGCUGUGUGUGAGCAAAGUGCCUCCAGGAGUGAAACACGUCGACCUGGAGCUGUCCACUCUGCCCCCCACCACCGCCAUGGCUGUCAUUAUUUAUAACCGCUGGGCUAUCAGAACUAUUGUCCUCAGUAGUUUUCCAGAAAAACAAACCAAACCCGGACCACAUCAAAUGAACAUGUUGAGUAUUGUGCAACAAGAGAAGGAAAUGACUGAAAACAUUUUGACUGUGCUGAAAGAGCAGUCUGCAGACUCAAUUAGUGUCCUUGAGGGGGCACUGUGCCUGAAGAAGGAUUUUUAUGUUCACACCAUGAGGACUCUUGAGCUGCUGGCCUCAGAUGCUGCAGCAAAUGGGGAAACUGAGUCAUCUACGGCCGGACUCCGCAUCAGCGCUGACGAACUCCACUGUCAGGUCCAUUAUGAUUUGGGAGGCAUUUUCUUCCAACAAGGAAGCACAGACCAGCCCGCCUAUGUGAAAGCCAGAGAUCACUUCAGACAAACUAAAGAACUGCUCAAGAAGCUGGUUUCUCCUGUUCAUGUGCAUUUGGAUGAGAAGAGACUGACCGGAUACUGGAAUGCAUGCAGAGCCCUGACCGGAGACAGUGACCCCUCGGACUCUCAGACGACCCCAUACAACCAGAUCAACAGCCUCAUCCGAGCACACAACUAUCAGGCUGUGAUUGAGGCGUUCAUCAAAGACAACAUCAGCCACAGUCUGCCCACUCACUUCAGGAGAUCUGUCCUCAGAGAGUUUAUGUACAAAGUUCAACAAGGGGAGUCUGGUUUGGAGGAGGUCUGUCAGAAGCUGUGUGUGUGUAACGCUGUGAGAGACACUUUAGAGGGAGAAGUGCUCAGUGUGAGGUUUCACCAGCUGCUCCUGAGGCCCAGCAAACGAAUGGUGGACUUCAUUUUAGAGGUUUGCACAAGAUCAUUGGAAAAGAACAACCCGUCUGAAACAUACAGAACAAACAUGGGGAAUCUGUUGAGGACUCUGUGUGAGAGUUUGCAAGACCUGUCUCUGGUCUUCUCGGUCUCGUCUCAUAAACUGUUCGUGGAGCUUCUCAGUGAUGAUCAGAGGAAAGUCCUGGUGGAGCAGAUGAGGAAGAGAUCUGCCACGGUCAAUCUGAGUGCCAAACCCCUCCCCUCCUUCUACGACAUCCCAGCCUCAGCUUCAGUGAACAUUGGGCAGCUGGAGCAGCAGCUCAUUCUGUCUCUGGAGCCACGCAGAAUCAGACAGAUCCUCAUCGAGCUCCAUGGGAUGUCAGAGCGCCCCUACUGGAGAGUCAACAGCAAGUGGGAGGUUCCUUCAGAUUACAUCAAUGUGAUUCUAGGCAUCAAAGACAGUCUGACCAAGGACCUGGUCUACAUCCUCAUGGCCAAAGGGCUGCACUGCAUCUUCAUAAAGGACUUUGCUCAUGCGCGUCAGCUGUUCUCGGCCUGCUUGGAGCUGGUCACUGAGUUUUCUCCUAAACUGAGGCAGGUGAUGCUCAAUGAGAUGCUUCUGCUGGACGUGCGUGCUCACGAGACGCAGGCAGCAGAGGGCAGCAGGGAGCGGCCGCCCCCAGACCUGGUCAGCAGGGUCAGAGGAUACCUGGAGAUGAGGAUUCAUGAUCUGCCGCUGCGUCAGGUGGUUGGAGAGGAGUGCGUCGCCUUCAUGUUGAACUGGAGAGAAAAUGAUUAUUUAACUCUGCAAGUGCCGCAAUCUUUGGUCAUGAACAACCCCUAUAUUAAGUUGGGUCAGUUGCUUGCAUCCACGUGUAAAGAGCUCCCCGGGCCGAAGGAGAGCAGGCGCACGGCCAAAGAGCUGUGGGAGGCUGUGGUCCAGAUCUGCAGUGUCUCAGUCCAACACAAACGCAGCAGCGACGGAAGAGUGGGGCUCAUCAAACACAGAGAGUCUUCCAUGGGCAUCCUACAGAGGAAUAAAUUCAUCACAUUUAUCAAGAAACUUCGGGAACCACUAGUGCUGACAACACUCAUUUCUCUGUUUGUUAGACUCCACAGUAUUGUCCGGGACGAUAUUGUGAAUGAGGUGACCGCUGAACACCUCUCCAUAUGGCCGUCCACACUGGCAAAUAUCCAGGCUGUAGAUGUAGAGGCGGUGGCUGUUACAGUGAAGGAGCUGGUGUCCUACGCUCUCACUCUAAACCCCAAUAAUCAGUCGUGGCUCAUCACACAGGCCGAUAUUUACUUUGUGACAAAUCAGUACUCGGCUGCUCUGAACUUCUAUCUUCAGGCUGGAGCUGUGUCCUCUGAUUUCUUCACAAAACCUGUUCCACCUGACAUCUACACAGAUCAGGUGUUGAAAAGGAUGAUAAAGUGCUGUUCGAUGAUGAAUUGUCACACACAGGUGGCUGUUUUGUGCCAGUUUCUGAGAGAAGUGGACUACAUGACGGCAUUCAAAGCUCUUCAGGAACAAAACAGUCACGAUGCCAUGGAUUCUUUUUACGACUACAUCUGGGACGUCACCAUCUUGGAAUACCUCACACACAUCCACCACAAACGAGGAGAGGCUGAGAAGAGACAGAUUGCAGUCAAAGCAAUUGGACAGAGUGAGCUUAACACCAGUAACCCUGAGGAGGUGCUACAACUGGCUGCUCAGAAGAGGAAAAAGCGUUUUUUACAAGCCAUGGCCAAACUGUAUUUCUAAAAAAAAAAAAAAAAAAAAAGAUGUACAUUUAUUUUGUGUUAUAAAAUAAACCUCUUUUAUAAAUA